AUGCUGAAAUGUAUGCCCGAGCGGAGAAGAAGGACAAAAGAAGACGCCAUCGGCUUUAUGUCCGCACUGUGGGUCAGAGACACGAGGUUUGUUGACAGGUCGAAGCCUCGUGUCAUGCGUCCAGGUUGGCUCUGGUUGCCUGUUCUAAUGGCGUCGGUGACAACGGACGCAAUGAACGCCAAACAGGAAUUACUGGCAGAGCUGGGCAACUAA